AUGCCAUCUCAGUUCCCGUGUACAUGGUGCGCUGGCCAUCAUGACCGUUUGUCGGCAGAAAUAAUCAGAGACGAUCAGCAAGCUGGUAGUAGUUGGAGCUGGACAGUGAUCGACUGGCAUCAAGUGUGCUGUGUUGCUCGUUGGCGAGAAGUAAAACGAAGUUUCGAAAUGAAUGACCUUUGCUGUUGUACGCCGUGUAAACCAAGAUAUCGGCGUCUUGUGGAUUCGAUCUAUCCUCGAGCUAUCACUGAUGGCCUUAUAUCGUCGAAUAUGCAGAAGCUCAUCUUCUAUGCAAUCUCGCAUCCUGAGAAACUGGAACGAAUUGGAGAGUACUUGGUGUCACGUAUGAGCAGAGAUCUUGGCCGAUUGCGCUUUGUACAGGUUAAGAUCGCUGUGGAAGCAAUGGACCAGCUGCUUCAAUCGUGUCAUAGCUCGCCUAGUCUGCCUCAUUUCAGUGAGAAUCACUUGAAAAUGGUGCAGAAACUGUUGGAGUCUAACAAUCCGAAGAUGGAACAAUUGGCAACGGACUCGUUCGUGACAUUUUCGAAUAUUGAGGAGAGCAGUCCAUCGUACGACAGACAAUACGAUUUCUUCAUUUCGAAAUUUUCGCAAAUGUGUCACGCCACUACUGGCGAAGAUUGGCGGAAAAUUCGCAGUGCUGGAUUGAAGGGACUACGAGGUGUUGUAUGGAAAUCGGUCACUGACGAUCUCCAUCCGAAUAUUUGGGAGAAACAACACAUGGACAAAAUUGUGCCUUCAAUACUUUUUAAUCUUCAAGAACCAGAUCACCUGGAUGAACCUUCCAAGUCGUCUUUACUGUUUGACGGACCUUUCGCCGAUGAUCCAAAUCGUGACGAAGGACCACGGACACUUUCUGAUCGCUGCUUACGUGAACUAAUGGGAAAAGCUUCAUUUGGGUCUUUACGCGCCGUUAUGGAACCUGUAUUGAAACACAUGGACUUGCAUCAGCACUGGAAGCCACCGCCUGUAUUUGCGAUCCAUGUUUUCAAAGCUAUAAUCUACAGUAUUCAGAGCCAAAACAGCUAUUUCGUCAUUCAAGAACUAAUUAAUCAUCUGGACUCGAUGAGUACAGCGGAUGCAUCGAUUCGCAUAGGUAUCGCCACAGUGCUUUCCAAUAUUGUUUCGAUAGCAGGAACAAGCAUAGGUCCACUGCUUUUAUCAAUAUUUAACUCACUUCUCAAGCAUCUGCGAACUUCCGUGGAUUUCAAGAGAUCCGGCAAAUGCAAGGACACUGAAGCGGAGAAGAUGUAUCAAGAAGCACUUUUAAACGCAAUGGGUGACUUCGCAAAUGCACUACCAGAUUACCAAAAGGUGGAAAUGAUGAUGUUCACAGUUGGAAACAUUCCAAGUUUGGACGAGAAACGAUUUAAGCAAGGAGACGAAUUUUUGCAGCAUGUGCUCGUCAAGACAUUACUCAAAGUUGCGACAAGGUAUCGUACCGCUUAUUUGGCCACUGUGUUCACGGAGUCGUUCCUACGUACACUCAUACAGUUGGCGUUGGUGAACGAUUCACAAGUUCGAUUGGGUACACAGCAGAUUUUUCACACGCUGCUUGACAGACACGAUAAUCUGUCGCAUUUGUCUCACUUGCCGUAUGUGCUUGACGUUUCCGAUUUGCAAUUGACGGUCGAGAAAUGUUCACGUGCGGACCAGAUGUUUAUGCGUAAACAUAUUCAUGAUAUGACUCAAAUGUUGUAUCGAGCGGUGACACUGAUUGCCAACGAUGGGAAUCUUCAGUUACACAUGGAUGCCAUUCAGUGUACGAUGAGUUUGUUGUGCAUAGAAGUCGGAUUUGACGAAACACUUAUUGAGCUAUUUCGCUUAGCCUUUGCACUUCAAACAUUAGCUGUUGAUCCUUCAAAUGGCUUUUGUGCGGAAAAGCGUAUCGCCCUUCAUAAUUUGAUUGCCAAGUACAUGAAUUUGGCUGCACAACUCAUGGCCAAUCCUUCACUUUGUCAGCAUGUACAGCAGGUUGUCGCUUGCCGUGCUCGUGGUCCUCCUGGUCUGAACCUCUUGCUAGAUGAUAAACACGACGAAGUACACAUUGUUGGUGGAACCACCGAAGCAGUGGAACGAGUGGAACUCAGCAUGUUGGCGGAAGUUGGAGGCAUGUUAUUCGAAAGAAAUGAUGUUGCAGAUUGUCUCAAGGCCGCCGGUAAAGAUGUUAGUCGUUUAUCACAACCAUUCACGUUGUCGUCCAGUAAAUCAGCUCAAGAAAAAGGAAUAGAUGAGACGGAUGGGAAAACAUCGCCCUUCCUACCCAUGGCUGGAAUGGAUGAUGUGUCAGUAGAUUUAUCCGUGGAUUGGACUCCUCCAGAAAGUGCUCGCCAGAGCCGCCGUAAUACGGAGCACACCGAACAAGUGUUGGCGUCAAUUCGAAAUCGUCCGUUCGAGGAUCAGGCAGAUGAGUCGUGUGCACGACAUGAGGCCGGGGAUCUAUCGCGAGCGGUGUCGCGCCUCCUGGCACGAAAUGCCGAUACAGUGCGCAUGGCGAACAUCGGCAGACCAGCGAAGCCUAAAAACAUUUUCGAAAUGAACUUACCCACUGCGUUCGCACUUUAA